AUGGGUCUCUCAUUACCAACUCUUCCCCCCGCAAUCAGCAAGCCAGUCUCUCGCGGCGCGGAAGCUGUCCGUGGUUCAAUCGGCAGCCUGACAUGGGGUCCCGCACUGGCUAUCGCGAAGCCCGCCAUUCAAUCCGUCCUCUCGCGCAUUGAGACAGGAACUCUCCUUGUGGUCGACGAGCCGGCUGAGACGAGAUAUGUCUAUGGCCAAAAGCUCUCGGGGAAGUUGGGAAGUCAGCCUGAUGACACUGGCUUGCCGCGACGGGCGGACAUUGUUCCACGCGUUGAGAUUGUGGUCAAGGAUGACGCUUUCUGGAUGCGUCUCUUCUUGUUUGCCGAUAUGGGGUUCGCAGAGGCUUAUAUGCUGGGUGACUUUGAGUGCAAAGAUUUGACAUCCUUCUUCCAGUUAUUCAUCGUCAAUCGCGAGCAAAUGGACAAUGGCACAACUUGGAUCUCAAGUCUAUCCUCUGCGAUUUCCAGCGUGGCUCGCUCAACAAACACUCUUUCAAAUGCGCUCCUCAACAUCUCAGCACACUACGACAUCAGUAAUGACAUGUUUGCCGCCUUCCUUUCACCAGACAUGACUUACUCAUGUCCCAUCUGGCAACGCCAUCGUGGAUUCGACCAGGAAGAAGAGUCAUUGGAGGAGGCCCAGAUCACUAAGCUGUGCCGCUUCAUUGACGGAGCUAGAAUCCUAUCAACAGACCAUGUCCUGGAGAUCGGUACCGGAUGGGGCUCAUUCGCCAUCGAGGCCGUUAAGAGGACUGGAUGUCGGGUUACUAGCCUCACUCUUUCCAAGGAGCAAAAGAUCUUGGCCGAAGAGCGCAUCGACGCCGCAGGAUUCAGCGAUAAGAUCGAGGUGAAACUGAUGGAUUAUCGAGCGCUCCCAGUUCCCGAAAACCCAUAUGAUAAGAUCGUAUCGAUCGAGAUGUUGGAGGCAGUUGGCCAGGAAUACCUUGCCACAUACUUCAGUUGCAUCGAUAAGCUUCUAAAACGAGAUGGCGGAGUAGCCGUUUUCCAGUGCAUCACAAUGCCCGAAGGCCGCCACGAAGCCUACUCCAAGUCAGAGGACUUCAUCAACCAUUACAUCUUCCCAGGUGGAUACCUCCCAUCAAUCACCCAGCUCUUGAAUCAUAUCAGCGAGCAAUCUCAAGGCACCCUCAUCGUGGAGAAUGUUGAGAACAUUGGCGGCCACUACGCCAAGACGCUGAGGCUGUGGAAGGAGAACUUUAUGGAGAGCUUCGACGAUAGGAUCCGACCAGCUCUAAUGAGGGAGCACCCUGAUAUGACUCCCGAAGGAGUCGAGGUCUUUCGCAAGAAGUGGGAGUACUACUUCACGUACUGUGAGGCUGGUUUCGUGACCAAGACCCUGGGCGACGUGAUCAUUACUGUCGGCCGAGAAGGGUCACUCCAGUUGAUGGACGGGAUUCCUCUGUGA